AUGUCAGGAACAGCCAUAGGAGGACAAAUCAAAUUAGCUAAACAGGUUAUCAAAACUGGAGGUGAUCUAAAAAAGGUGCCCCAUGAGGAUCAGAAAGAGACACUGAAAAGGAAAGAUACAGGAAUACUAGAAAUACAAGGAAGGACAAAAAAGGAUGGGACAAAAACCAAUGCUUUGGUCUACCAUAAACCAAAAAAAGAACCAGAGGACAAGGGCAGUAAAAAUGACAAACAUCCUAAAGAUCCCAGCAAGAAAGCUGGUGAAAGCAGCAGGCGCUCGAAGGAUCAAGACGGUGCGGGUCGUAGUAGCAAUGGUCAUGUUCCUAAGAACGAAACAUUACAAUUAGGAUACGCAGAAAAAAAGAUGAUGACAGAGCGAAAUGAUGAUGAAAGCAAAGAUAAAGAACGUCCGCCAACGCUUCGUCCCAAGAUCUCAGUUGAGAGUUACCACACCCAGUCAGAAGCUCGCGAAGUUAGCGCAUCAAAAGCAAGAAGUACACAUCAGAAAUCUGAGAGUGGUGCACCAAAUUCAAAGCAGACGAGUGGAAAGGCGUCAAUAGAGGAAGAUAAUAGAAGUCUAAUCUCAGGAAGUACAUCAAAAACAAAGCGAUCAAGUCGAAUGGAGCAAGAUGAUGAAAGUGUAAUUUCAGGAAGUACAUCAAAAACAGAGCGAUCAAGUCGAAAGCCGAAGCCAGAGCAAGAUGAUGAAAGCGUAAUCUCAGGAAGUACAUCAAAAACAAAGCGAUCAAGUCGAACGGAGCAAGAUAAUGAAAGUGUAAUUUCAGGAAGUACAUCAAAAACAGAGCGAUCAAGUCGAAAGCCGAAGCCAGAGCAAGAUGAUGAAAGCGUAAUCUCAGGAAGUUCAUCAAGAACAAGAAAAUUAGAACAAUCGAACACAAAUGCACCAAUAGAGCAAGAUGCCAGAAGCAAAAUUUCAGGAAGUAGAUCAGGAGCGCGAACUCACAGUAGUCGUACCCCAACUGAAUAUUCAGAAGGCAAACCACCAAAACCAGAUAGAUCAAUAGAAAAUAAUAGUAGAGGAUCUAAGAGAGGUGACUCACCAUCAGGGCAAACAGAGCGGUCAGAGCAGUCAGAUCAAACAUUACGGCAAUCUGAUGCAGGUAGAAAAAGCAAAUCACACAGAACAUCAAAUACUCAGGGAUCCCAAAAGGAUGACGAUAGAAGAAGGGAAGAAUUUGCUCGGGGUUUAAGGCUCAUGGAACCUGAUCCCGAAUAUGUAGAUUAUGCGGAAUCUGUACAGCGGGCGCCACCAAGUGUUGCACCCAGCAGGUUAUUGAAUCCCACAACACAUGGUAGAAAUGUUGAUAUUGUCAGGGAUAGACAUGAGCCUCAUCGAAGAAGCCACGACCCAAACGAAGUCCAGUAUGAUAAACCACGUGAGGAGACUGAAAGACACAGGAAAGAUAGUGGUAGUACUAGAAUGGCUGAGCCUUCCUCGACAAGCAGGGGAUCUGGUGCUUCCAAGAGAAGUAGCAACCCCAGGGCCCCUGCAUCUGCAGCAAGUUCUUCGACAGGAACUUCAAGGUCGAGUGCUACACAUGAGAGUUCACAGCAUGACGAGGAAUCUGAUUCCGGAAACGAAACUGAGGUCCCAAGGGCACCUAAAUCUAGUCGCAGAAGUUCACAUAGAAGUUCUCGCGAUCCCGAAAAGCGCAGUUCCAGACGCGAGUCUCUCGAUAGAGCGAGUCAAAUAAGCAGAAAAACAGAUACUAGAAUGAUAGAAGAAGCGCCAAAGGAUGAUGGUUGGAAUUUUCGAAACUGA